UUUCAAAUGGUUGAAAGUGAUUCGUAUCUUGAGGCUUAUAGACACAACCUCAGUGCCUUAAAAUACCUAAAUGAAAAAAACUUGCCUUUCAAGGAGUAUAUUGUCUACUGUAGCAAGGACAUUGAACCACCUAAAUACCUCAUUCCAGGACCCGAAGAAGAUAAAGUAGAACUGAACGAGAAGAAUCAGCUCAUCGUAGAAGUCGAAGUUCCUUCCCCGGCGGACAACAAAGAAGCAAACAACGAUGACAUAUAUCCUACACAGAAAAAAGUCAAGCACAUGAACAUGACUUCCAUUGCUGAUCCAGAAUAUUUACUACACCACAAGCUCAAUAUGUCUAGUAUUCCAGUAUUGGACCGUGACCAAUGGCCAAGCAAGGAAGCAUUAGGACUUGAUGAGUCACAGUACCGUGCAUGUCAGCUUGCACUCACUAAGCGCUUUGCGCUCAUUCAGGGUCCACCUGGAACUGGUAAGACCUACGUUGGGCUCAAGAUUGCUCAUGCACUACUCGAGAAUAAGAAGCUAUGGAAUAAAGGAAAUCCUUCGCCUAUUCUUAUGGUGUCCUACACCAAUCAUGCCCUUGAUCAGUUUCUCAUGGGGCUGAAAGAUAGAGAAGGUAUUGUUCGAGUUGGAGGUCGUUCUAAAGAAGAAGAACUUAAAGAGAACAAUCUAAAGAUGCUAAGGAGUACUUAUGGUCAACGUUCCAUCGAGAGAAACCGUGUUUGGCGAAAGAUAAAGGAGAUUGAGGAAGACUUUUGUUCAAAAGAGGCAGCUCUAUUGAUUUCAGAAAGCAACAAGGCAAUUUUGUCUGUGGAAAUGUUAAAGGCAUUCAUGGAUGAGAACCACAUGUACAGUUUAAUAGAGCAUGGAAGAAACCAUGAAGCUUUGAAUGAUACCUUGACAAGAUGGCUUGGUAUCAAGGUGAAAGACCGCAGCGAAAGAAACGAAAAUAGUUUCCCGCACAACACAAACUUCAGGCAUAUGUUUUCUUUGAGGCAGUUUGAUGAUGAUGACGCUGAAGAUGACGAAGAUGAUGGUCGACAGAAACCGUCUCUUUUCGCUUGUCACUUGAACGAUGCUGUAAAUCCUGCUGAACUUCGCGGGAAUCUCGACAACUGUGAAGAAAUGUCUGUAUUGCAUGAGAGAAGGACAAGCGAUAUUUUCAAGAUUAGUCGUCGUAAAGAGCGAUGGAACCUUUAUCGAUUGUGGCGUUCUAGGCUUCAAGAAGACUGCCGAAGGAAGAUUAGAUCAACCCAAGAUGCAAAUUACGAAUCAGAGUUGAAAAAACUACACGAAAUUGACAGUGAUAAAGACUUAAGGAUCCUUAAGGGAGCUAGAGUAGUUGGCAUGACAACAACCAACGCAGCAAAAUACCAUGAUCUUCUCCAACGAGUCAGACCAAAGAUUGUCAUCGUGGAAGAAGCCGCUGAGGUACUGGAGGCUCACAUCUUGACGUCACUUCCGUUGGAUUGCGAGCACGUGAUUCUUAUAGGAGAUCACCAACAACUGAGGCCAAGCUGCACGGUGUACGAGCUGGCGAAGAAGUACAACUUGAAUAUUUCUAUGUUUGAACGGUUGGUCAAACUACAGAUUCCUUGUGUGCGGUUAUCGGAACAACACCGCAUGAGACCAGAGAUUGCAUCUCUUAUGAAGCAUAUCUAUGAAGAUCUUAAAAAUCAUUCAUCUGUAGAAAGCUAUGAAGACAUACAGGGUUUUGACAAUAACGUUUUCUUUAUCGAUCACAGAUGUCCUGAGGGAGACAGCGACGAUUCCUUUAGCCAUUUCAAUGAACACGAAUCUCGAUUUCUAGUGAAGCUUUGUCGUUAUAUUAUACAACAAGGCUAUAAACCAAGUCAAAUAACCAUCCUCACACCCUAUCUUGGGCAGAUGUUUAUGAUCAGAGAUCACAUGACUGAAGAAGGAGGAGAAAUUAAAGAGACGACCAUAGACAACUACCAGGGUGAAGAGAAUGACAUCAUCCUGUUAUCCUUGGUGCGUAGCAACGACACUGGUCACGUGGGAUUCGUCAAUGACAUCAACAGAGCAUGCGUGGCAUUAUCGCGUGCUCGUAUGGGUCUCUACGUCAUUGGAAACUUUGAACUUCUAUCCGAAAAAAGCGAUAUUUGGAAAAAUGUUGUCAAUGACUUGAAGGAAAAGAAUCAAAUUGGAGACGCAUUGCCAUUAGUCUGUGAAAGCCAUAAAGACAAGGUGCUCGUAAAGGAACCCAAAGAUUUCCUGGAAAUGGUACCAGAUGGUGGAUGCAAGCUGCCUUGUGAAGCCCGACUAGAGUGUGGACAUGCCUGUACAAAGUUGUGCCAUCCUAACGACCAAAAACACAGGAAUUUUAAAUGCAUCGAACGAUGCGUAAAAAUAAUUCCAGGCUGUACUGAAGGUCAUCUUUGCAAAAAGAAAUGUUGGGAACCUUGUGAACUUAAAUGUGAGGAACCUGUUGACAAAAUACUUCCAUGUAACCAUGUCAAGAAGAAUGCUCGAUGCAGUGACAAUCUCUAUGAUGUGAAGUGUGAUGAAAGAUGCCCUAAUUUUCUCGAAUGUGGUCAUCGAUGCCAAGCAAGAUGUGGCGAACCUUGCACGUCAUCAUGUAAAGAGCUUGUGAAGCGCAACUGGCCUUGUGGACAUGAAGUUACAAUAGCUUGUUCAGCUAGUCCUCUUCACUGUCGCGGUCCUUGUGACGUACUUUGCUGUGGUCAUGAAUGCUCAGGGAGUUGUGGUGAGUGUCUGCAAGGAAGGGUCCAUCGGCGAUGCAAGAAGAUAUGCGGCAGAGUACUUGUCUGUGGCCAUCAUUGUCGAGCUACUUGCACGACCAAUUAUGCUUGCCCCCCAUGUUCACGAGACUGUGAAAACAGAUGUAAACACAGUAAAUGCGAUAAAAAAUGUGGAGAACUUUGCGUUCCUUGUCAAUAUGGAUGUAAAUGGAAGUGUAAACACUUGAAGUGUGAAAAGAAGUGUGGAGAGGUUUGUGAAAGACAACGCUGCGACAAGCCUUGCUAUAAGAUAAUUCAAGAAUGUGGUCACAAAUGCCGAGGGCUGUGCGAAGAAACCUGUGUAUGCAUUAAAUGUCAUAAAGAUGACAUACAAGAAAUCUUCGGAACAGAAGGUUUUGAAGAUAAAUCUGUAAGAUUCCUUCGAUUGAGAGACUGCAAGCACAUUUUCGAGGUUGGCGGGAUUGAUCAAUGGGUGGACACGAAGAAUAGCGAUUCAGAAGAGAAAACAGCGGUCCAGAUGAAGGCUUGUCCAAUCUGUAAAAAGGCAAUUAGAACGACAUUGCGCUACAACUCCGUCAUCAAGAAACACAUGAAAGACGUCGAGAAAGUCAAGGAAGUUAUACUUGCUGACCAACAAACUGUAGUCCCAAGGAGAGAAGAACUGCUAAAGAAAAUACGAAGGUACAUCAAUGACGUAGCAACAAAGUCAGGUGACGUAAGGCACAAACAAAAAUGCGAGUUUCUGGAGAAAUGCAUUACAAAAUGUGAAACUAGUUUUGAGUUGACGAACCUGGAAAACCAAGUUCAGCUUUUGGAACGUUGUGAAAAAGUUCUUGAAAAAUCAAAGAUGAUGCUGGAUACGACGGACACCAUCGUAACAGAUAUCCUUUCCAUCUUGAAUUUCUUAAAGAAAGAAAGAAUUAUUGGUAGUGAUGUUGAUCGCGAGCUGAGAGAUAUUGAUCUUGAAAUAAGCAGGCAAAGCCUACGCCUCAAGUUAUGCAGCCUCUUGAAGGAAGCCGAAGCACUGAAUAUCAAUUUCGACCCCGAGGAAAAAGAGCAUGUAGAUCGAAUUGGAAUACAAUUAUCUCAGAGCUCUAAAAUCGAGGAGCUAGAUUUAGAAGAAGAUUUAAAGAAAAUACGAGAAAUUCGCUUUAAGUAUCCUAUGGAUCCGCCAACACGUGAAGAGAAAGACCAAAUAAUCAGAGCCAUGGGGCUGUCCAAAGGUCAUUGGUAUAAGUGUCGUCAGGGACAUGUUUAUGCUAUUGGUGACUGUGGCGGUGCCAUGGAAACAGGAUCGUGCCCGGAGUGUCACGAUGUUAUAGGAGGAGCCUCUCACAGGCUUGCAGAAGGGAAUGAAGUAGCUACUGAAAUGGAUGGUGCUCGACAUUCUGCUUGGUCUGAGCAAGCUAACAUGGAAAACUAUGAUCUACAAGAAUAAUACCACAUCCUUGUAUUUAACUGUUUCUUUUGCAGAAGGGAAUGAAGUAGCUACUGAAAUGGAUGGUGCUCAGUAUUCUGCUUGGUCUGAGCACGCUAACAUGGAAAACUAUGAUCUGCAAGAAUAAUACCACAUCCUUGUAUUGAACUGUUUAUUUUGUAGAAGGAAAUGAAGUAGCGUAUGGGAUGAAAAAUGAAGAAAUGAGCUAGGAAAUUUAAGUAAAUAGUAAAUAAAUUCAUAUAAUAUAGAUAUGUACACUGUAUCGUACUAAAGCAUAGAUUUCACAUAACUGUAAUCGGUGUUAAUACAUAAAUUAAGUAAUCUUUUUAUACGAUUUAAGAAUAGACAAAAAUAGUUGUUGUUUGAAUAUUGCUUUUUUGAUUUUUUUUUAAAUUCUUCAUCAAGACUUUCCAGAUGUUUGCACCAUCAAAUCUCACAUUAAAUUUUCAUAGUUGGCUCUUGCUUAAGGUAAUGAAUAAUUUGACUUUGAUGCUAAUCGUGAAGACGUUGCGUAACAAAAAAAGCCGUUGAAAAUCUAGGAGAUUACCAUGGAUGAUCAAUUAAACAGUUUUCAUCUAAA